UCUCUCAUCACAAUUCCUAAUUUCCUAUUACUAAAUAUCUUUUUUAUUUUAUUAUUAUUAUAUAUAUAUAUAUAUACCCAAGAAUGAAGGAAAUUGAAGCAAAGAGAGCGCGAAUGGAUAACGAAAAGACCACAGUUUGUGUUCUUGAUGCUUCAACCUAUGUGGGUUUUUGGAUUCUCAAAGGAUUGUUGAGCAGAGGGUAUAGAGUUCAUGCAGCUAUCCAAAAACAGGGGGAGACAGAGAUACAGAUGAAAAUCAGGAACAUGGAAAGAGUGGAGGAGAGAUUGGAGGUGUUUUCUGCAGAUGUUUUGGAUUACCAUAGCAUUCUUGUAGCUUUGAAGGGGUGCUCUGCUUUGUUCUGCUGUUUGGGUGGUUCAGAUGGAUACGAUGAUAAAAUUGUGGAUUUGGAGGUGAGAGGAGCAAUUAAUGUAGUGGAAGCAUGUGCUCAAACAGAGAAUGUUGAGAAGAUUGUCUUCACUUCUUCUUUAACUGCAGCAAUUUGGAGAGAGAACAUUUCUACAGAGACGGAUGUAGAUGAGAGGUCAUGGAGUGAUCAAGAUUUUUGCAGGAAAAUGAAGUUGUGGUAUGCCCUAGCAAAGACACAGUCAGAGCAGGCAGCUUGGGCUCUAGCCAUGGAUCGCAUGCUCAACAUGGUUUCCAUAAAUGCUGGGCUAGUGGUUGGACCCAGUGUCACUCAACAGAAUCCCAUCUCAACGAUGUCGUAUCUUCAAGGUUCACACCAUUAAGAAGAUUAGGGUUUAAUUUAAUCAUGAUGAUUUCAAUUAAUGAAAGAAAAAAGAAAAUAACAUUCAAUUUUUUUUUUUUUUUU